AAAAAUAGAACUUGUGAACGUUGUGGGCACCAAUGUGCAACACCACAAAAACUUCGAGAGCAUCUUAAUAGAAAAAAUCCAUGCAGACCCCGCAUUUCUCCAGUACUUUUACCUCAGCACCAAAGUACUUUGACUAUAUCGAGAAAUUUAGAAGACUUACAUAUACCUAAAACGACACAAAAUCCAGAGCCAUUGCCAGAGCAAAAUUCAAAAAUAUUACUUGAAAAUGUACCUCAAGUAGUAGAGUCAGAGACACAUGGCUUUACCAUAAAAAAUGCUAAUGACAGAUUGUCUGGUGAAACUGUUAAGCAAUGGGGUUCAAGAUUACGAAAAAGAAUUAAGUAUCUAAGUCUUAAAGAUCGUGGUCAACCCAAAAAUUUAGCAGAAUGCAAAGCCCUUUAUGAUGAAUUAUUGCAAAUGGAUGAUGAGGCAUAUGGUUAUAUAGAACCUAUAAAGCAGACAAAAGAAGAACAAGAAUUCUUUGGAGAACCUGAAAUCGAAGUAGAGAAGCAAGUAUCACAGCCUGUUAAAAAUCAAGCUAUAGACUCUCCUAAAGCUGGCCCAGGUCCAAAAACUCAAGCUUAUUGGGAAAAGAAAAAUGAACAAUCUAAAAAGAUUCCUUUAGACCCAAAGUCUGCAAUAGAAAUAGACCAGACAAAUGAGGAAUUUGAGCGUCUCAGUAUAAUUACUGGGGAUAAUGAAAAAAGUAUAAUAUUUAGAGAGCAAAACAUGGGACCAGCAUUAAAAAGGCGAGCUGUUGCCGUACAUAAUGCAAAAGUUCCAAGAUAUCAUCCAGAUAAUGGAAGCGAUAUCAGAAAAAUGUUAGAGAGUCAAAGAAAACCAUUCCAGGAACUACUUGAAAAAGA